AUGCAGCUCCCAGACCGGCCACCGCUAGCUCCGCUCUCCCGGAACCUCGGCUUCUUGCGCUCCAGCCACGGGACAGCACCGGACCAUGUUGGCCCGGGCGGUCUGGCAAUUGCUGAUGCUGCUUCUCACCAGCUCAGUUGUACAGAGCUUUUUGCUGAGUCCAUCGGGAAGGAUGCAAGCCUGAAAGGGAUGAUUAUUCCGGGCAGCGGAGGCCUGUUGGUCAGAGCCUCCCUGUACGUGGAUAAUGUCGCUGCUUUCUGCUCGGAUCUGCUGUCAGAUCUGGCCUUGGGAGCCAAGCCAGAUUGUGGUGGUGUUCUGCUGCCCACAGUCACCCAUAAUACCCUGCGGUAUGCCCUGCUGAUGACUAACUCUGUCAAUGGAACCAAGUGCUCCUGGAUUCUGCAAGCAGCCUCAACAGAGACUCUUGAGUUAGAGGUUAUCUCCUACCAGACUGUGUCCUGGACAGAUGCCAGCUGUACCUCGACAUACCUGGCCAUCAUACUGGGACCAACACAGAAGGAAAGGCGGUUCUGUGACCCAUUCCAGAGUAUUCCUGAAGUUGGCAGAAAGCUGGUGUUCCGAGGAAAAGGGACGGCUGUCGUUACCUUACAAACAGCUUAUGGCAUGAAACAAGGAUUUGCACUUCGAUACUCGCUGCUUAUACCAGACCCUAACCGGAGAGAAAUUGACGCACGAGCCUUGGAGCUACGAACUGUGACUCCAUUACCGUCAGCAGAGAAUGAGCAGGAUCUCAGUCAACGAGAAGGUGGGAUGUACUCAACAUCAACUGGACAAGGGCAGCUGAUUAUUUCACAAUACCCCGGGACGUCGAAUGUGCAAGAGAGACCGGGGUCUCCCUGGAUUCAUCAGGUUUCCUGGUAUCCCAGACGUCCAAAGCUCCCAGGCAUUCUAUCAGGACAGAGACAGAGGACUCAAACCCAGUCACAGCCAAGAGAAAUCCCAAAAAGAAGAAAUUCCAAGUCAGAUUCCAGAACCAAAUUUCACCCCAAAUCUCUGGGAUGUCAAACCUCCCAGGAAAAACCAAAAAUUUCACCAAGUCUUGCAAGCCCUAAAGUUGCUGCUGUUUCAGAAUCCAACACCAGGCCCCAUCCUUACCUAACAUCCAUUAUACAAUUAUUAUCCUCUUACAAUUCCAGUCCACGCUCACACAUCCCCUCCAACCCCAGUGUAUACACCUCACCCCCCUCCCCCUCCAGCUCCAGUGUGUACACCUCAUCCCCCUCCCCCUCCCCCUCCAGCCCCAGUGUCUACACCUCAUCCUCCUCCCCCUCCAGCCCCAGUCAAACCUUACCUCAACCCUACUACUCAGCCCUCACCUUCCGUUCUCUUCACUACCACCUGACAAUAUCUUUGAAAAUUUAUCAGGUCCGUCUUCAACAUCUCCACAAGAAGACCAAGAAAAUGUAA